CCGGGCCUGUUCAAAGGCACCUACGGCAGCCACGGCCUGGAGAUCAUCAUGCUCAGCUUCCAUGGACCCCACGCCAGGGCCACCAAGCUCACCGUGAGUCCCCCGCCCCCACCGCACCGUGGCUGGCCCCCCACCCCGCCUGGCCCCUACUGUUUCCAACAGUUUUUGAAAUGGAAAAUGAGAACAAAUGUCCUUAUUAACGAUGUUUGAGUAGUACCUCUUUCAUUUCAAAACUUUUUUCCCAUUUUGUGCCUACUGAACAUGCCCCUGCCCUUUGUCCUCCCUCCCAGGGGGACCCCAACGUCCCAGCAGGCCAGCUAACGCUCGAUGUGGACCUGAAUCGGCCUGUGCGCCUUCCGGACCUGGAGCACCAGCGCAGCGUGGAGGAGCUGUCUCGCCUGGUGCUGGGGGUCCAUGAGAAGGUGCGGCAGGAGGUGCAGAGCCCAGACGUGGCACCCCAGGGGGCUGCUGCUGCAGAGGGGGCUGUGGCUGGUGGUGGGGCAGAGGGUCUGGAGUUGGCAAUGGAAGCACAGUCAGAGAGCCCCCAGCCUGGGCCCAGUAGCAGCAGCAGCGCUCCCUCGGAGGCCCAGCCCUUCGUCCUGCCUCUGGGGGUCAUGGCCCGCAACGAGGUGUACCCCCGUACCUGCAAGAUAUGGUGAGUCCAUCCGUCUCACACGUGUUCAAAUUGUAUUUCAUAUUUCCUCAUAUAGCCAAGAAUGCCUGGCAAAUGUAGCUGCAUAGUAGAGUGAGAAGAGAUACUCACACAUGUAUGCUCACACUUGUAAUGGUCAUUUAGCAGACUCUUUCAUCCAAAUGGACUUAGUUAAUGCAUGUAUUCAGUAUAUGUGGCCCAUGUGGGAGUCAGACCCACACAACUCAAGUGUUACAAGCACAACACUCCGGCCAACUGAAACAUUGGAUCGCAACAUGUAGGCUACGCAACAGGAUAUCUUGAUUGAUUUGUUUCUUCGUCAAUUUCAGCUUCUACGGGACAGGCCUGAUUGCCGGCCACGGCUUCACGAGCCCGGAGCGCACGCCGGGCCUGUUUGUCCUAUUUGACGAGGACCGCUUCGGCUUCAUCUGGCUGGAGCUCAAGUCAUUCAGCCUAUACAGCCGCCUGACUGACCAGCUGGCCCACGCCUAUGCCCCCAACAUGGAGCGCUUUGAGGCUAUGCUGCGCAACAUGCAGUCCUGGACAUCCUGA